UUUCUCUGUCUUGUAGAUGGGAGACAAUACCACCCAGAUUCUCAGUGAGCAGUGGGUCAUGCACUGUGUUAAGAAAGAACUCCAGCUUCAAUGUUUGAUACUUUUUUCUCUCAUAUGUUUUAGUGUUAAGAUGGCAGAAUAACCAUGGGAGACUGGAAUUUCCUUGGUGGCAUUUUAGAGGAGGUCCACAUUCAUUCCACUAUUAUUGGAAAGAUUUGGCUAACGAUCCUCUUCAUAUUUCGAAUGCUUGUCCUUGGAGUGGCAACUGAGGAUGUUUGGAAUGAUGAACAAUCUGAAUUUAUAUGCAAUACUGAGCAACCUGGUUGCAGGAAUGUGUGCUAUGAUGAGGCCUUUCCCAUCUCUCUCAUAAGGUAUUGGGUCUUGCAAGUUAUAUUUGUGUCUUCCCCUUCCUUGGUAUAUAUGGGACAUGCCUUAUACAGACUAAGAGCCUUGGAGAAAGAGAGGCAAAAAAAGAAAGCUCAGGUAAGGGUGGAACUUGAAAGCACUGAACUAGAAAUGACUGAAAAUAGGAAAAGGCUGGAGAGAGAACUCCGACAGCUGGACCAAAGAAAGCUGAACAAAGCACCCCUGAGAGGCUCUUUGCUCUGCACUUAUGUGAUACAUAUUUUCACAAGAUCUGCAGUGGAAGUCGGGUUUAUGAUUGGGCAGUAUCUUCUUUAUGGCUUUCAUCUAGAUCCCCUCUAUAAAUGUAAGAGAGAUCCUUGUCCAAACACAGUUGACUGCUUUGUGUCUAGACCAACAGAAAAGACAGUGUUCAUCUUAUUCAUGCAAUCAAUAGCAACCGUAUCAUUGCUUCUAAAUAUCCUUGAAAUUAUCCAUCUGGGAUUCCGAAAGAUCAAAAUGGGACUUUGUGGGCAGAGUAAAACCAAGGAUGACCCUGAAAAUUUCUGCAUAAACAAAUCUAAGAAGUACUCUGUGAUACCACACUCUUCUUUGGGAAUAUCCACCACCCCUCAAAAAACUCUUCCUUCUGCGCUUAGUGGCUAUACCUUCUUAAUGGAAAAGCAAACUGGGGCCGCUGUCUACCCACUUCUAAAUGCUCCUCCCAUGUUUCAGCCUGUGCAAAACAACCGUACAGAAAGCAGCAGCAAUUACACUCAUUGCAAUCAGGACAUCAAGUCUCCAAAGAAGAGGCCAGCUACAAAUGCUUUAGGCAAUCAGACUCAAAAUACCAGCACCAAUAAUAAUGAAGGCUUGCUUGGAGAGCUUGGGAAAGAAGCACAUGAUGUGCAAAAAGAAGCUGAAAAGAAACAUUUCCUUGUUGUUACUCAGAAUGCAGCUCUAGCUUCAAGCAUGUGCUUGGGAAGCUGUGCUGAAACGGCAUCUCAAACUUCAGUACAACCCCACACAACUUUUCCCGUUACCGGUUUCAGAAGACAACAUGGAAUCAGUUCAUCUUGGAACUGCUCAGCAGUGGCUGAGAGUGCAGAAGCUUCUACAAACUCUCUUCCAAAGACCAGCAACAGAAGACAGAGCACUUUCAGUGCAGACAAAGCCCAAGCUCCUUGCAAUGCUGAUGUAAAGAAGUGUAGUCGACCAGACACUCCUGACUCUACAGGCGAGGUGAGCUCAGGGUCUAAACAAAGUAGAACCUGUGACAGCCCUAAGCCUUUCUCUCUGUCUAGACGAGUGUCCAUGUCAAGCAGUGCCAGCAGCAGGCGAGCACCCACUGAUCUGCAGAUAUAGCACCAAUUAACCCUCAAUCGCCCUGAUCAGUUCUGGAUAAUUACUGACCACUGAGACACAAGCAGGACCUAUGUGUAAGAGUAGCUAAACUACUGAGCUUGAAACAGUUGUUUCACAUAGCUAGAAAAGCACUUUGGAUCUUAGCUAAGUAACUUUUAAACAGGCUCUUAACUUCCUUUGUAAUGAAAAGGUGGCUUAGACCUCAGCAUAUAAACUUACACAUUAUCCUUCCAGCUUGAAAGGGAAACACACAUCAUGUAGUCCACAUAUUAGGAAAAGUCAGACAUAAAAUCACAGCUAAUACUAUUUAAACUGAAUAAAACUAGAAGACAAAAUUUACAGUCUAAUAAUGUAUUUUACAAAGACCAAUAAAUGA